AUGGGAAAAAUUCAAGAGGAAUCGAAUACGGAUAAAAGCAAACAAGACCCGCAGAAGCAACAACAGCAAGGUGGGCCGACUCAACCGAAGGAACAACAGCCAGGGGGGCCGAGUCAACAGAAACAAAAGAAGCAGCAAGGUGGACAAACCCAGUACCAUCAAGGACAACAGUCUAAGGGACUGUGGACCCAGCCAGGACAGCAGCAUCAUCAAGGUCAACAGCCUCAAGAACAGUGGAACCAACCAGGACAACAGCCUCAGCGACCAUGGAACCAGGCAAGAGCAACCAUGGAGCAACAACAAGGGUCUCAGGGACCAUUGUCCCAACCCGGGCAGCCACAAUCAUCCCCCAGAGCACCAGCAGAGAAUAAGGUAAAACCUGGUGGCGGUGAUUCUUCCGUAGGUCGCACACCCUCGGUCGCCUUGGCGAAAUCUUCUUCAUCGAGUGAUGGUGUUCUUCCGUCGCUUCCGGAAGAUCUGAGGAACAUGCAAGAAGUGAGCAAGCAAAAGGUACAGCGAACGGAUCUACGUUCGGUUCUGUGCCGCAGCGGAGCGCACGGCAAGAGGGGUAAACCGGUGACGUUGGAGGUUAAUUUCUUCCCCCUGCUGAUCGACAAUCUCAAGGGAAUUGCUUACCACUACGAUGUAACGAUCGAGCCGGAUCGUCCGAAAAAAUUCUACCGUCCAGUGUUUGCACAGUUCUGCCAAGAAACGUACCCCAACGUGCGCUUCGCCUUUGAUGGGCAGAAAAAUGCCUACACUGUUCACAAAGUUGACGAUGGACGAGCAAUGGUUACGUUCCAUCCAUCGGACAAGGGUAAAGAAAUGCAGUUUAAGGUGACGGUAAAAUUGACAGCAAUCGUAGAUCUGGGAUCGUUGAAAAACUACAUGCAGAAUGUCGGAACCAUGGACAAACCGAUGGCCGCCAUCCAAUGCCUGGACGUGGUGCUGCGAUACGAGAUUCCUAGAAAUCGCAUCGACCUCGAUAAAGGACUCGAACUCCGGUACGGGCUGCUCCAGUCAGUCAUCCUCCGCUCCAAACCGUAUGUGAAUGUGGACGUAUGGCAGAAGGCUUUCCCCUCUAGUGGUUCGCUGGUUGACAUUUUCGCCAGCUUCAACCGAGGUAACCUGGAAACAAAUCGCCCGCUUGAUGGUUGGUUGGUGAAGGAAUUACACGACUACGUCCGCGGAAUGGACAUUGUGUACCGCAGCCCGAAUGGCACAGAGAAGCGAAUGCGAUGCAAUGGGUUGCGCGACGCUGCCAACGCGCAACAAUUCACGCAGGACGAUGGCACCAAAUUGACCGUGGCUGACUACUUUAGUAGAAAAUUUAAGUUCCAGCUGCGCUAUCCAGCGUUGCCAGUUCUCCACGUCGGUAGCACGGUACGCAGCGUUUUCGUUCCCCCCGAGCUGUGCCAUGUUCCGCCUGGUCAGGCCCUGAACGAAGCCCACCCUGACGAGUGCACGGCAAAGAUAAUAAAAUUUGCUGCAUUCAACGUGAAGGAGAGGAAGGAAAAGAUUAUGCGGUUGAGCACCAGCGUCGCGUACAACAACUCUCCCACACUGAUCGACUUCGGCGUGGGGGUGCGCAAGGAUUUUGAGAAACUUUCGGCCCGCAUCAUCAAUCCACCGACGGUUGUCUACGCGGGCAAUGACCAGGUGCGUCCCUCUGACGGGGUUUGGCGCGCUGAGGGCAAGAAAUUUGUUGAGCCCAGCUCGACGCUUGCCAAGAAGACACUCGUCUGGCGCAUUCUUAACCUGGAUGGUAACACGAACGAAACCAUGGUGCAGGAGUUCGGGGAACAGAUCUACAACCACGCGCUCAGAUGUGACGUGAGACUUGAACCGUUCAGCAUGCAGAGGACCUUCGUGUCGGUGCGCAACGUCCAUGACGCUGUGCGCGAUUUGUCCCAGGUGCUGUCGAACAUUAAAAAGGAUCAGCCCGCCAUCACGAUCGUGAUCAUACCGUCAAGCGAUAGUGAUGCUGUUUACGCCAAAGUAAUACAAAAGGCUGAGCUUGCCAGCGAAGGUAUAGGACUGCUUACGCAGUGCAUUAGAGGUGAAACGGUGGAGAAGAAGCGCGCCGAUGGGAGCACGAUCAACAACAUAUUGCUGAAGAUUAACGCCAUAACGAACGGCAGCAAUCAUCGGUUGACGCCAGAGACGCAGCCACCGUUGGCCAAAGGAAGAGUAAUGUACAUCGGGGCCGUUGUUACGCAUUGGACCGGCGACGACAUUCCGAGUGUGGUCGGUGUGGCGUCCGUGUACGAUCUGCACGGUUUCCGGUACAACUGUAGCAUGAGGCUUCAGGGGCCGCGCGAAGAAAUGAUUCUCGAUCUCGAGAACAUUGUGCACCGCAACGUUCAGCUGUACCAGAAGUACAACGGCAACCUGCCGGAACGCAUCAUGUACUACCGGGACGAUGUUUCGGAUGGGCAGUUUGCGGAAAUUCUAACGAUCGAAAUGCAGGCCAUCCACGCGGCCCUCGCGCGUAUCGGAGCGAACUUCAAACCGGUCGUCACGUUCAUCGUCACGUUCCAGCACCAUCAUAUGCGCUUCUUCCCGGUGGGCAACUGUCCGACGGAGGGCGAAAACGGCAACGUUCCACCGGGCACGGUUGUUGAUCGCGAUAUUAUUGCGCCGAAUCGGUUCGAAUUUUAUCUCGUAAGCCACGCGGCCGUCCAGGGUGUGGCUAAACCGACCAAGUACGUGGUGCUGUACGACGACUCGAAAUGCGAUCCGGAUCAGCUGCAAGCGAUGACGCUCAAUCUCUGCUACAUGAUCGCGAGCUGCAAUCGAGCCGUCUCCUAUCCGGCACCGACGUACUAUGCCCACUGCGCCGCCAACCGCGGUCGUGUUUACCUGGAAAAUCGGCGCAUAAACAUGAACGACUUGGAAGCCGCCUACCGUGACAUUCAAAUUUCCGCCGACGUCUACGAUAAGAAUCCCAUGUUCUUUAUCUAAAACGAGAAGACUGUUCGUUAACUGAUUUUUAUGAUAAUUACCUCUAUAAGCUAAUAUACAGUGGAUAGCGAAAAGAACCUUAGUUCAAGAACACAAAGGAUUUUAGGAAAUACGAGGAUGAAAAAUUUGCUUUAGUCAAGAGAGAUACUGCAUGACUACUUCUGACUUGUGGAUUGCCACACUACACACGAGCGGAGAAAUCUUCACCAAUAAGACUUCUUCACUCAUGAAUGUUUUUGCUUUCAUCCAGUUGUGGUAAGCUUUCGAGUCACCAUGAACAGGAAAGGUCACCAACUUGUGAGCUUUAUGUAAAUAAUAUCCCUAGAAAAUAAUGCCGUUGCAAGUUGUUUCCUAAUUAUAAUUUAGACCUCAUAUAGCAGAAGAGUUGAAUCGUACCAAAGAUUCAUUACUCCAAAGCGACUUUUUUCACAAUAAGUGAAGUUUGAAAGCAUUCCUGUAGUAAAAUACCGUUCUUUUUUUAAUUGUCCUUGGUUAGGUGCGGAAUUUUCCACAAAACAAGGCCAGAUUUAUCUAUGACAGGGACUUGUAUAUCUUCUGAUUUUCGAUUUUGGCGAAUAUUUUAGGCGAAUGAAAAUGGUUCGUGAAGGAGAUAAUCAGCAUACAUUUAUCAACUCGUCUUGGUGUUGAUGUCUUACGCCCAACAGGUUUAAUAUGAUGAACACGACUUUCAUUUUCAUACAGCUUGAUUAUUUAACCGAUUGCUUGCUCGCUUUUGUCGAAAAUUCGUGCAAUAUCCCUAUUAUUUUUACCACUAAUAUUCAAAUUAAAAACUAA